AUGCUCCUACGCAGCCGAUUUUGGAGGAUCUACUCGAAACGUCGCCGAUGCCUCAUCCUCCACCAAACCUGGGGAAAGCAAUACAGAGGAAACAUAUUGGCAUUGUUGGAGAUGAGAAGAGCAAGAAAUUCAUGUGCAUGUUUCCUUACGCCUGCUCAGAAUCCAUCUCGUUGCUGCUGCGCCCGAGAUUUAUUCCUGCCUGCUCCCAAUGCCGCCGAUGUUGAGGGAUUUCUCACGAUGUCCCCGAUGCCUCAUCCUCAAUCAAACAAGAGGAAACCAAGAAAUGAGCUCUGUUUGGUGAAGAUGAGAGGAGAAAGAAAUUUCUCCGACAUUGAAUCCAAUUUGUGGAGAAGAGAUUUUCAAAGUUGUGUUUGUGGAACAGAUAUGACCUAUGAGUUCUAG